AUGUCAACAACCGCCGCCCAAGACGAGUUCAAUGAACUGAUCGCGAAGAACACUGUCCGCGAAAUACUUCACCCGGACGAUCGCAACGAUCCAGAUUUACGACAGCACCAAGACACCACUGAGGAGGACGACUUCCGUCAAGGACAGAUUGCCGAAGCCAUGCGCGCACCGACCGCCGACCUUCCGAUGAUCCGCCUGCCACCUGCAUCAUUCGACGAUGGUCACACGACAGGCGUCAAAGGCGUCAUCGCCGACGCGCGUAGCUACGAAAAUGCGCGUACCAAGUCUAAGUGGAGGAACAGAGUGCAUGCUGCCCGGCGCAGCAUCUUCGGCUUGGACGGGAUGGCGCAGCAGAACACAAUCCACAAAGACAGAAGCGACAGCGAGUCCGAUGAGGACGCCAGAAGCGACAGUGAUAGAGGAGAUGAAGAUUCUUUCCUAAGUCAAUGGCGUGAGCACCGCAGGCGGGAGCUCGAAGCCGAGACCGACAAGGUCAUCAGGAAUCGAAGAACGAGUCCCAGCGUGAGGGAGUACGGGCGGUUCGACGAGGUGGACGCGCUUGGAUAUCUCGACGCUAUUGAGAAGUGUGAAGUAUCCAAGGAGAUAGAGUCGGCGCUGGUACCUCUUGUCAAGGAGCAUCGGGCCAUUCACUUCGUCAAGGUGCACUACGACGAGAUUGAAUUCGACCCUGCAGCUGUACCGUCCAUCUUGGCCUACCGCAACCAAGGCGACUUGUUUGCCAAUCUUACAGGUGUCAUCGAGAUGAUUCCCGAGGACGAGGACUUUACCAGCGACUCACUGAAGCGAUUGUUCCAGCGGUUUGACGUCUUAUAG